UUAUUUUCGAAUAUUGUUCUAUUCAAUGAUAAUAUUGUAAUUCAAUUUUUAAAAAUAAAAUUUUUUUUCCACAAGUCUAGUGCUGUAGUACUCGGUUUAAUCUUCAAAAGAGAGGUCCCAUAACGACAAAAUUAUUUUUAAAAUAUUUCUUUGAAACGAAAAAAAAUUAACUAUUAACAAAUGAAAAUGUUGUUCAACACCGCAUUCCGUGUGCUUGGCAGACAAAUGAAACCCGUUUCCAAAAGCAGUGCAUUAAGAUUAUAUUCUGCGGCUACGCAACCGCUGACGGUGCCCGAGGCCGAUGGCAGUUUGCAAGUUUCGGCAAAACUCGAAAAACUUUACACCGAAAUCACUUCGUUGAACAUGAUCGAAGUAGCCGAAUUCAGCGAACUCUUAAAGGUCAGGUUGAACAUCAAAGACAUACCCAUGGGAACGAUGGUCAGCGCUCCUGCCGCAUCACAAGAUGAAGAAGAAGAUGUGCCCGCCGCAGUCAAAACUAGUUUUACAAUUAAACUUAUGAAAUUUGACGAUAAACAAAAAGUCGCUCUGAUCAAAGAAGUGAAGAAUUUGUUGGAAGGCAUGAAUUUAGUUCAGGCUAAGAAGUUUGUCGAAAGUGCUCCAACGAUUAUUAAAUCGGAUAUCGGUAAAGACGAAGCAGAAAAACUUAAAGAAGCAUUUACUAAAGUCGGAGCAGAAUGUGUUAUUGAUUAAGCUAAUAGUGAUGAACUUUGGUUUAUUUUUAUUUGUUCUUUUUUUUACAAAGUUUUAACUUUAAAUAAUGUAAGUAGUGAACUUUAUUUAUCAAUAUAAAUAAAAUUAUUUAUGAUAA